AUGGCCCCCAAGACCGCCCUCAUCCUCGGCGCCGGCAAGAACAUCGGCGCAGCCGUCGCAAAGACGCUCAAAGGCGAGGGCUACAGCGUCGCGCUCGUGAGCCGGAAGCCAGACCCCAAGGCCGCAGAGGCAGCGGGGUAUACCGCGUUUUCGGCGGAUGUGGCGAAGGCGGACAGCGUGAAGGCCGUGUUCAAGGAGGUUGGGGAGAAGCUGGGGACGCCGAGUGUGGUUGUUUUCAAUGCCGCCGCUUUCACCUUCCCAACCGACCCCACAGACCCCUUCAGCGCAGGCGCGGAGGCUUUCGCGGCUGAUGUGGCCGUCAAUUCGGUUGGUGGCUUCAUCGCUCUCCAGGAGGCUGUAGCGGCAUUCAAGACGCUGGACGACUCCACGCCCAAGGUGUUCAUUGCGACGGGGAAUGUGCUACCGUUCAAGCCGAACGUAUUCGCCGGCACGCUGGGUGCAGCAAAGGCAGUCCUAGCGCAUUUAGUGGAAGUUUCGGUUGAGGCAUUUGGGGCGAAGGGGUAUAGGUUCUACUUCGCUUCGCAGGUUAGUAAGGAUGGAAACACGGUUAAUUAUCCGGAGUUGAGUGGGGAGGCGCAUGCGAAGGUCUACGCGGAGUUAUUGGCUGAGAAGGAGCAGGGGCCGUGGGAGGUGAGGUUCACGGGGGAUACGUUGAGGUGGAAGGAAGAUGAGGCUAAAGCUGCUUUGAAGAACUUUUGAAGGGUGAGAGGCUGAAGGAAUAUCCUUAGAGGAGAGUAUCAUAUGAAAAGGGUAAAGGGGCUAUAAGAAACCUCUGAAAAGGGGAACAGAAGUGAGAUAAUCAACACUGCGAGGCUGAAAUGUAUAACGAG